GUCAAACUCUACACCUUUAGCUGUUGCUCUGAAACUGUUGAAGCAAAAGCAGGGACAGUGGCAUUCGCUCUCACACACGACACUUGGAGCCGUGCCAAUUGCCGAACUCUGGUACGUCACUCCAAAGCGUUGUGACACGCCAGUGCGUUCAGGUGUUGGCUUACCUGGCACAGGCAAGAAACUCACUGAGAUUUUUACAGGACGCUUUUUACCUGGCGUUGAGAGAGCUCUGUUAAAUCAACCAAGUUAUAUACGAACGACAUCGCGGACGUUUACUGAACCCACAGAGUGAUGUGUGUGGGUGAAGAGUGAUACCAAUUCUAACUGAGUGGAAAUUUACAGUUGUGUGUGUUUCGUUUUGGCCCGCGGGGGACUGAGUACGGUGUGUGACGGAUCGAGGGACCCCGGCCUGGGUCAGGCGGGCAUGGACCGGAGGGAGUACGGGCACUAAAAACACCCGGCCUGCCACACGGCUUGCGUAGAACAUGGCGCAUCAGCCUGGAGGUGGAGGAGCUGGCAGUCCCUAUGUGGGUUCCCUGUCCAUGGCUGACAAACUGCGGGUGGCGGCCAGUAAGGGGCAGGAGGACAAAGUGCAGGAGCUAAUCAAGGCAGGGGCGAACUUUGAGCCAGAUAGGGAGGGAAGAACGGCGCUGCACUAUGCUGCUCUCAAUGGCCUGUCUGAGAUCUGUAGGAUCCUUGUCAACCACGGCUCUGAUGUUGACUCGCAAGACUCUUGGGGUUACACUGCGCUGCUGAGGGCUGUCACCCAGGGGCACCUGGCUGUCGCAGAUAUUCUCAUCAGGGAGGGAGCAAACCUCGACAGACCAGAGGACAUGCAUGGGAAUGCUCCAAUCCAUGAAGCCGCCUGGAAUGGAUUCAGUAAAACGGUGGAAUUGUUAGUGAAGAACAACUGUAAUGUGUUUGCCAUAAACAAGGCUGGUUUUUCAGCCCUUCAUCUGGCAGCUCAGAAUGGUCAUAACCAAACAGCUAGAGUGCUGCUUUAUGCAGGAAUCAGUCCCGACAUGAAAAACACAUAUGGUGAUACAGCACUGCACACAGCUGCCCGGUACGGCCAUGCUGGGGUCACAAGGAUCAUUAUAUCAGCUCAUUGUAAACUCAACGAACACAACAAGAAUGGCGACACUGCAUUGCACAUCACAGCUGCACUGAAACGCAGGAAAAUAUGCAAACUGCUGCUGGAGGCAGGUGUAGAUACAUCAGUAAGAAACAAGCAAAAUGAAACAGCUGUUGAUGUGGCGAAGAGAAAAGAUCACCCAGAGAUUGUUGUCAUGGUGACAUCUCAGCAGGCACGAACAAGGCAUCACCAUCAUACAACAAAGCUAAAACCUGAUUGGAUGUUGGAAGGCCCGGAGGUGUUCCCUGACUCUGAACAUCCAAUCAAAGAAGUUCCCAAACAGGAACAGCCAAAAAAAGAGAAAAGAUCUUUCUUUUUCAGAAAAAAGAAAUCCAAGGAGAAAGACAAGCCUGCUCCUCCGCCCACAAAGCCCACCCUUAUGACAAAACUAGGGUUUGGCUACCCACCCCGCCAGUCAGUGCAGGGGCUCUUCAGUCAGUAUGUCAACAAACCAGGCUAUCAGUAUUACAGUGACCUGGCCGGCAAUAUCAAACAGGGCCCUGUAGGAUAUGCCCCUUCCUGUCAGUGUGGCCCUGCAUUGAAGAAGCUUGAACACAAGAUGGAGUCCGACAGAGACAAUCUGUACGAACACAUUGAUGCCUCACAUCAGGUUCUCAAGGAUAGGAUAGAUUUGUUGGACAAAAGGACGACGCAGCAAGUGUACGCAAUAGACAAGCUGACCAAAGAGAGGCUGGAAGCAGAGGAGACACACUGCCGUGAGAGAAUCAGUCAGCAGAUAGAACAGGAGAGAGUGGGGAACACAACCCGGCUGAACUCCCACGGAGAGACGAUUAAAGCUGACCUCCGCGAUUGGGUGGAAACGCGUUUGCACGAUCUGGGCAAGGAGCACAUCAACCAGCCACAGGAUGAUUCAGGCUUGUAUUAUCGAGACAUUUUUACUGGAGCCACCCAACAGGGCGGAGGACGGCUGUUUAGGACUCGUUCUGACGAGACGCUGUCUCAAUCAGAUUACAGCAUGAAAAACAAAAAGCGUAAUUUUUACGAAUCGCGACAAGCCGCCAUGCAGUCAAUACGAGCAUGGCAAGUGCCAAACUACAGAAAAGACACUAGUCGUUCCCGUGAUUUGUACCGCCCACAGAGUUCCCGCAAUGUUCAAGGGGCAGGUGGAGGCGAGGAUAGAGAGCGCUCUAAGAGUUCGCACCAUCUACCUCCCAGUCAUAUGGUGCCCAAACCAACUGACAAUAGGAAACAGUUCCAAAGUGCUCAUGAUGUAGGUAGGAACAGUAGACCUGUGCUACAUGUGAUUCAGGCUGACAUUCACCAGCCACAGGAACAGACAGAGUACAGCGGUGGUCACAGGUACGAAAGCGGGCCCACGGGAUACUAUCCAUACAAAACUCCUGCCAUUCGCCAGCCGAUUCAGCAGGGUCCCGAGCCUGGUAGGUUCCAGCCUAGCAGGCCACAGACACAGACAUAUCACAAUGAAGGGGCUAUCCCUAAACAGAAUGGACAGCAUCAGGCUUCAUUGUCACCAGAAAGGCCGUCAGUGUUUUCUCGUCUUGAGCCCAGUCCUGUAGCUUACUGCCCACAGAGACGGACCGAAGGCAGAAGCCCUUCUGUAAGCAGGGCCCCGCAGUCCCCCACUUUUACCUACAAAGACAGUAAUAUCCCUACACACAGCGAGCAGCAGGCAAAUUUAGUGCAAAGGGGCCCCACAGGGGAGCGAGGGCAAGCUAGCCGAACUGCCUCUGUGCCGGGCCCCUCAAAGCCCCCUAGUCUUUCCAUCCAUGAUAACUACAGCCGAUUGCAUGUAAAUGAGGGGAAUUAUUCCUCAGGGGCUCCGUGGACUCGUGGGGUGGGUGGGGAACAUUUGCCUUCAAGGGGUGGGGCAAUGGACAAUUUGGGUAGAAUCUCAGACUCUAAUCCUACUGGGAGAGGAAGACCCCCGGCGAGAUAUGACGGGUAUUCUCAGAGGGCCCAGGGGGAGAGCGGUAUUGGGGGCAGGUAUGAGGCUGCACCACCUAGUGUGUCACACACAUCUUUGGUGGGGAGGUACAGCAACCCGGCUGGGGAGAGUCGCUAUGACAACAGCCGUGUGUGGGCAUAUCCUCAGGGCAGUGAGAUCAAGAUUGUCAGUGAGCGUCAUCCCACCGGCAACAUCCCGCAGUACAAGCAUGCACCUCCAUACAACAGCACCCGAACGCUCCACGAGCAGUCUACCAGUCCCCAGAAAACACCUCAAAGUGCUCAUUCCUUCAGUAUUAUGGCAGCUCUGUGCAAAUCAGAACCCUUCCUCUCUAAAGUUCAUCAGAACUCACAGGCCAGUUUUGGCCAGUGUGAACCAGUGAACAUGUCCUCCGGGGCCCCUGACUCUCAGUGCAGAGCCUCACCACAGGACCCAGCUGCUCUCACCAUCAGCGGUAAGGACGAUUCAGGGAGUAACCGUAGCAACCCGGAUUCUGGCUACAGCAGCAGGAUUUACGGUAACCGGCUGAAUUUCUCUGGUUUCCAAGGUUCCAGUCCCCGCACCCCCACCUCGCCACUCGACCCUUCCCACUUCAGCGCUGGCACCCCAUCCUCCUCGUUCAGCACGGAUCAGAAUCUCUCCACGCCCGCGUCCACAGGGAGCCAGCGUAAUUCUCCCAGCACCCACACCUCGACUUCCCCGGACUAUGAACAGCAGCAGGUACAUCGUCACAUCGCUUCACACAUUCACAACUGGUAUGAGAGGCGACUUAAGGGCAGCACGGGAGGGGAUGGACCCCGGGGUGACCAGCCCAUACCACCACCAAAAUAUGUCAACAACAAUAACCAGUCUCUUGAUCUGAACACUUCAUCUGCUAAUGACCCUUACUCCAACAUGCAAGGCAGCGAUGUUUGAUAUGAUAGGACGUGAUGUUUGAUGAUACGCAGUUAUGUUUGAUAUGAUAGGAUGUGAUGUUUGGUAUGAUGGGCAGUGAUGUUUGAUGUGAUGGGCAGUGAUGUUUCAUCCUAUAAGCAUUGGUGUUUGAUCAGCUAGGCAGUGAUGUUUGAUAUGAUAGGCAGUGAUGUUUGAUAUCACAAGAUAGGAUUUGAUAUAUGAUAGGACAA